CAACAAAAAAAUUAUGCACAACCUGGACCUUGGUGACUAGCCUGUCCCGUACUGAAAGAUCGUCGCCCGUUAAAUUGGAGAGCAAAAAUUUGACGAAGCAGGGGGUGGUGGGGUGGUGAUGUGGUUGGAUGGUGUCGCCCCACCAGCCCCUGCUCCGUCGAAUGUUUGCUCUCGCUUAAAUUUACGUGCGGUCAACAUGACUUUAGCCCAGGGCGCUUAUGGCCUUUUUCCGCCCUGCUUUAGCCUGUGUACAUCCGCCCCUCGACGACAAAAAAAUUUCGCCUCCCCCCCCAAAUAAAUUGCCCAACCCUACCAACCCCCUCGAAAAAAUCUGGAUCCUUCCCUAAUUAUAAUAGAGCGCUUGGUAUCGUAUGCCGAAAGCGAGAAUGUUGCAAUUGCGUUGUACUUGGAAGCCUAUCUGUAGCAGAAGCCUUUUGGGGGUGAAAAACAUAUCACCUUUGGUUUUAAAACGAACCUUUCUCACCAGUCCAGUUAAUUCUAGUGAUGAUGAAGCUAAAAGCAGCCUGCAAGUGCUCACCGAAGAGCAAAAACAACAGGUCUCGCAAAGUUAAACAGACAGAUAACCUGUUUGUUCUGGACCCUCUUCACACUGCAGAGAAACCUAUCUUACUGAGGCUGCGUUGCAUAUCAAACCACAGCAAACUAUUCAAAGAUACUAUAUGUGAUCCUAAGCUGGUAGAAAUUGUUUCUGAUCUGAUUGGCCCAUCGGUCCGUUACAUAAACCAAGAGAAAGUCAACAUGAAACCACCACAAAGCAGUAGUUCACUGAUCAGAUGGCAUCAGGAUUGGACAUUUUAUCCUUACACAAAUGACAGUUUGGUCACAGUCUGCAUUGCCAUUGAUGAUUCCACUAAGGAGAAUGGAUGCCUUCAAGUUAUUCCUGGCUCCCACAAAGGUCCUCUGUACUCGCACUUCCAAGAUGGAGCGUUUGUCUCAGCUAUAACAGACCCAGCAUUAGAUCCCAGUUCUACAAUCCAUCUUGAGGUUCCUGCUGGAGGAGUGUCAUUUCAUCAUGCCUUCACAGUGCAUGGUUCUUCAGCAAACCAUUCAAGCCGUUCCCGUCGUUUGCUAUGUCUUAGUUACAGUUCUGCAGAUAAUUGGCCCUUACUGGGUGUUGGAGGACACGAGUUUACAAAUCAUGGCCCAGUGGAUUGGGAAAGAUACUGUUCAACUGUAGUUAAAGGAAAACCAAGUGUGUAUCCUCGAAUGCAGGCCUGGCCUGUUAGUAUUCCUAUUCCAUUUGAAGCAGGUUAUGACAUUUAUGAACACAGUAAAGCCAGUGAUGUAAGUGAGCCUACCGAAUGAUCUCUGUUGUUACU